CACCCAUCACGUUCCAAGAUCAGUGCUGUGAAACCAACCCAGACGUACUCGACUCUACCAUAUCUAGAUGAAACAGAAACUAUCGGCAAGGACUAUGGAACCGCAUUGCUGGGUCCAAGAGAGGGAAUCGGGAAUAGCUAGUGAUAGUCUCGGUUACGGCUACGAACAAAUGGGAAUCUACGGCAAUGCAACACGUGAUCUCGGAGGAAACGGACGGUGCCAACGUUCUCAACUACUCUUUCCAUUUCCUCAGUGUGACUGUAAGCAUAAUAUCCAAAAGAACAUCGAGGUAGACCUAAUUGCAAGCGCCACUACCAUGGAUGUAUUUCUUCCACUCUGAAAACACUGUUGGAUACUAUUCCCGUCCCGAUGGGAGAUCGCCAGCUCAUUUCUCGAAAGUGCUGCAAGAGAAAAUUCCAAGAGCGAGAAUAUUUGUUUGACUCUGAGUCGUGCAUAUCCACAUCGCAUCGAAAUCGCGUUGGACAAGGGUCAAAAGCGCGUGACAGCAUCUUAAUGUCGAC